AUGGAUCUCCUUCCCGUGGUGGUUCUCCUCCUGCUGCUCUCCGCCGCCGCCGAUGGAGGUCCAACGCCCGGUGACCACCACCACCUCCCGAUGAUGGUGGAGAUGAUGGAGAUGGAUCCUUCGGAGUCGUCGACGGUGGCGCCGGAUGAGAGGACUCCGGAUCGGAUCAUCGGGGGUUCUCCGUGCGUUCCGGCGUCCCAACCGUGGCAGGUCCUCAUCUACGGCCCUCUGCGCUGCGGAGCCGUUCUCCUCAGGGACAGUUGGGUGGUGACGGCCGCGCACUGCAACGGGCGAAACCUCCGCCUGCGGCUCGGCGAGAACGACCUCCAGCGCUGGGAGGGGACGGAGCAGGAGCGCCUGGUGGCCAAAGCCAUCCCCCACCCCGCCUACAACCCCGUCACGAUGGACAACGACCUCCUCCUCCUCAAACUCAACCGCCCGGCGGCGUUGGGCCGCGCCGUCCGUCCGCUGCCGCUGCCGCGCGCCUGCGCCGCCCCCGGGGCCCUCUGCCUCCUCUCGGGGUGGGGCACCGUCACCUCCCCACAAGUGUCGCUGCCGCGGCACCUGGUGUGCGCCUACGUGCAGCUGCUGUCGGCGGCGGCCUGUCGCCGCGCUUACCCGCACCGCGUCACCGACAACAUGGUCUGCGCCGGCGUCCGCGACCAACGCGUCGACUCCUGCCAGGGGGAUUCCGGAGGUCCUCUCUCCUGCAAUGGGACCCUCCAGGGUAUCGUCUCGUGGGGGUUACAGACCUGCGCCCUUCCGGGUCGUCCCGGAGUCUACACGCGCGUCUGUAACUACGUGGGAUGGCUUCAGGAGACCAUGGAUCGAAACUAGAGGUCAACGAAGAACCCCAAAGGAAAGGGGACACCAACGGGGGAGAAGAGGGGACACGCGGAGAUGGAGACGAGGGGUCAACGAGGGGGGAAACGGACGUGGA